CGGCAGUAAACGCAGCGUUUCUUACGAGCGCCGACGACCAAAAGCGAAGCCGAAGAAGGGGGCCGACAGCAGGCUGUGAACACUGCGGUACAUGCGACCGUACAACCGCUCUCAGCCUGUGUUCGCUUUUCCCCAACACCAGCGACGACACGGAGGAAAACAGACCUCUGUGUUUUCAUUUUCAAGUGGCGGAGAAGAUUUCAGCGUCUCCGGACACCACGACUUUCCGUCCCGGCCAAACGUGCGGUGUGUGACAUUUGGAAACGACGAAGGAUUUGAUAAAUAAAACUGCUGUCUGAUUGAGUACUCAGUGGAACGGUUUUUCCAGUCACAGACAUACAACAGACCCAAAGGUGCAGUGGGGGCGAGGUUGCUCUCAGGUCAGAACAAACCCGUCACCAUGGAUGUGGAUGAGGAAGAGAAUAUGAGUUCAAGCAGCACCGACGUUAAGGAAAACCGAAACCUGGACAACGUGUCCUGCAAAGACGGGGUGGGAGUGGCUGAGCAGCUCCCCAAUGGAAGCGGCCUGGGCAGUCGAAAGCGUCCCUUAGAAGAGGGAAACAAUGGCCACACACAUUCCAAGUUCCGAGCCAAGAAACGCAAGAAAACACCAGGGCCAGUCUUGCCCAAGAACGCUCUGAUGCAGCUGAAUGAAAUCAAACCAGGUCUGCAGUACAAACUGCUGUCUCAGACAGGACCAGUCCAUGCACCAGUUUUUGUCAUGACUGUGGAGGUCAAUGGACAGAUGUUUGAGGGCAUGGGCCCAACCAAGAAGAAAGCUAAACUGAAUGCAGCUGAGAAAGCACUGCGUUCCUUUGUCCAGUUCCCCAAUGCAUCUGAGGCACACCUGGCCAUGGGCCGAACACUGACAGUGAACACAGACUUUACAUCUGACCAAGCUGACUUCCCAGACAUGCUCUUCAAUGGCUUUGAGACACCAGCCGCACCUGAAGAAUCCUUCUAUCUAGGCUCCAAUGGUAGCAGCUCCCUAAAUUCACUAGGAGAGUACCCACUGCCCACACCACCCGGCAGCAACCUUGUCCAAGCCCCAUUGCCCCCUCCAUCUGCAUUCAGCUCGCCCUCCAGUGGUAAAAACCCAGUCAUGAUCCUUAAUGAGCUCAGGCCAGGCCUCAAAUAUGACUUUGUCUCAGAGAGCGGUGAGAGUCAUGCCAAGAAUUUUGUGAUGUCAGUAACGGUGGAUACACAGACGUUUGAAGGCUCAGGGCGCAACAAGAAGCUAGCUAAAGCCCGGGCAGCACAAGCCGCCCUAUCUGCUCUGUUCAACAUGCAGCUAGACCAGACACCAUCCCGGCAACCCAUUCCACGGGAGGGAUUGCAGCUUCAUCUACCCCAGGUUCUGGCUGAUGCCGUCUCUCGCUUGGUGGUGGAUAAGUUCAGUGAGCUGACAGACAACUUCACCUCCCCCCAUGCACGACGAAAAGUCCUAGCAGGGGUCGUCAUGACAACAGGGACAGAUGUGAAGGAAGCACAGGUCAUUUGUGUCUCCACGGGAACCAAAUGCAUCAACGGUGAGUACAUGAGCGACCGCGGCCUGGCGCUCAAUGACUGCCACGCUGAGAUAAUCGCCCGACGCUCGCUCAUCAGGUACCUCUACACGCAGCUGGAGUUCUUCCUCAGCAAUAAAGAGGACCACCAGAAGUCAAUAUUUGUGCAGUGUGACAAGGGAGGCUACAGGUUAAAGGACAACGUACAGUUCCACUUGUACAUCAGCACCUCACCCUGUGGAGAUGCCAGGAUUUUCUCUCCACACGAGGCCGGAGUGGAAGACCAAGGAGACAGACAUCCAAACCGGAAAGCACGGGGCCAGCUGAGGACCAAAAUUGAGUCGGGGGAGGGCACCAUCCCUGUGAGGUCCAGCAACACCAUCCAGACCUGGGACGGUGUUCUGCAAGGAGAGAGGCUACUCACCAUGUCCUGCAGUGACAAGAUUGCGAGGUGGAACGUGGUGGGCAUCCAGGGCUCUUUGAUGAGCUACUUUACAGAGCCGAUCUACUUCUCCAGCAUCAUCCUUGGCAGCCUUUACCACGCCGACCACCUCUCCAGGGCCAUGUACCAACGCAUUGCAGAUAUCGAGGACCUGCCGCAGCAGUUCACCCUCAACAGGCCUCUACUCAGUGGUAUAAGUAAUGCUGAAGCCAGGCAGCCGGGCAAAGCACCAAACUUCAGUGUGAACUGGACGGUGGGUGACCAAGCCCUGGAGGUGAUCAAUGCAACUACAGGCAAGGACGACAUGGGCCGAGCUUCACGUCUCUGCAAACACGCCCUCUACAGCCGCUGGGUCCGCCUACACUCCAAGCUGUCAUCCAUCCUGCGGAUCAAAGUGCUGAAGCCCAGCUCCUACCAUGAAGCCAAGCAGGCAGCCACAGAGUACCACUCCGCCAAGCAGGCGCUCAUCAAGGCCUUCCACAAGGCCGGCCUGGGGGCCUGGGUCAAAAAGCCCAUCGAGCAAGACCAGUUCACCCUCAGCUCCUGAGGGAGUCAGAGGACCAAGGGGUUCCUAAACCACCCACUCUCCCCUCCCUGACCCAGGCCUGAAAGCAAGAGAUCCCCUUAUUAACAACCAGACACUUAACUUGCGUCCCAUGUGUCGGCUCCCACGUGCACUUUGUACUUGUGAAAAUAAGCGUGCGUAGUUUCACAAACCAUCCAUAGUUCAUCGUUCUCAUUCCUCUGUGGACCUCAUGUCUUUUCUCAUCAUGUUGAUUUUGGAUCGUUUUAUUUUGAUUUUAUUGGAUGGUGUUUUCCAUCUUGUUUUCUGUUUUGAAACUGGAAUCCAUGUGUUUUUUUUCACCACUUAGUUGUUUAUGUUUCCCAGAGAGUUCAUGUUCUUAUGCUGUAGAUGUGGAAGUUGAGAUUUUACAGUUUUGUCUUAUUGAUCAGUGAGUGUAGCCAGUUUAGGGUGAAAUGUAGCCUAGAAACAGGAUCUUUGUGAAUUAAACCAAUGUGUAUGGACCUAAAAAAUAUAUAUAAUUGCUAAAAUUAACGACUAUGACGACCUUUAAUUUAAUGAUGCAUCGAUCUUCAGGAUGUAAAUCUAGUGCUGAAAAAUCAACAUAAAUAGUUUAACAUUUAAUGUGUGUUAUUUGGUCCGUUCCUUAGAUGAGACUACAUGUCCUUAGCCCCGGUAUUAAAGAUGAAAAUGUUGCAAAAUAUUGUCGCCCUGUUUGAUUCACUGACUGGAAAGAAGAUAUUAGGCAGGUGUGACAGCAGAUUAGCACACUUUUGUUGAUUUUUGUGUCUUGUUCAUUCAUUCGUGCAUAUGUUCUGUAAGUUAUUUUAUCUCACUCAUUUCAUACUUGAACAGUGGGGAGGGGUCAUGUUGACUCCUCCUCUCGCCUGGGUCUUGGGACAAGCUUUGGGAGGUGCUGCACGUUGUAUUUUUUUCCUUGAUCUAAGCCAUGGCUUUGCAUGGAAACUGAACUGAGAGGCCUGCAGAGCAGAAAACGUGAUGGGGAGCCCUGUGCGUCCGUCCGUCAGUGAAUGAUUUUUGAAUGAAUGCCAGCAUCUUCCUCCACAGGCAGCUUUGAAUCUUUGUCUCUAUUUUCUAGAUUUCCUGUGAUUGAUUGUUUGUUUGGUUUUGGGGGGCGGGGGCGGUCUUUUUUUGUUUGUUUGUUUGUUUUGUUCUGUUUUUGUUGUUUUUAUUAAGACUAGGCAUUUAAGGAGUGGGGAUAAUACUGCAGUGAAAAUAGUGAUAUAACCGACCUCUCAGAUCUUGUUACUAUGUCACUUUGUGGCAGGGAUCCAUGAUAGCUGUCGCAGCAACUAUUGAUAGAUGGCAUGGUUGAUGUACUGUAGUGGCACAUACAGUACUGUAUAUGAAGUUAUAUUCACUAGAUGCCACAUUAUGCCAGUCUGUGAUGCAAAUAUGUCCUUCCAGAUAACUCUCUGGAAGCUUGUAGAUGAACAGCGAAGUGACAUGCAAUCCCUGCAUGAACCGACUCAUAUGCUAAUAUCUGAUAAACUCUGCCAGUAGAUUACAACCAAAUGUAUCACAGUGUGAUGUCAUGUUCAUCCUCCUCUCUUAUACAUCUAUACAAUGACACGUUAGUUGCAUCUUUCAAGAGGACCUUUGUGAAUCGACUCCUGUACACCCUGAGUGCAUCAGUGUCCUCACGUUUUCAAUUUGUAAGCGAGGACACAUUUCCAAGUAACUGCAGUGAAUUCCUAUUUCCAGCUGUAGGAACAAUAUGUGUGUGUGCGUGCAAUUUAUGUGUGUGCUCAGGUGUCUUCUAGCAUUCUCUGUUGAAUCUUCACCAAAGAUGAUGAUGUCCAUGUGUGUGUUUCUGCCCCAGUAUUUUCCUUACGGAGAUUUUUUUGAAAUAUGUCAUACAUAUUGGCAUCGACCCUUUACCGUCUGGUUUUUCUACAUCUACGCAACAAUGUACUUUUUGCUUUGUACAAAAAUGAUGUAUUCAGUUCCGUAUGGGGGGGGAAAUUCAAUUGUCAGGCUUCUUUAGUGCAUCCGUAGCUGUCAGUGACCACAUGUAUAUUGUGACCUGCGAUCAUUAUUGCUGCAAUAUAGUAGUUCUGUGUAUAUAAGGAACAACGAACAUGACAGAAAUUUCUUCCCUGUACAAUCAAGUCAUCCUAAAAACUGUUCUGAUCCUUCCUUUGUUGCUGGGAUUGUGACAAUGUUCCUAACAAGUAUUUGUGGUUCUGUGUGACUCACUGGGCACCGUAAAGCAUGGCACUAACACUGCCGGGGUUAACAUGCUUCAUCCCCAUUGUAGCCACCCGUGUGUAAAAAAAAAAUAUAUGCACUGUAAAGUGCCUCAGCUAAAAGUGGCAUCCACCAGCUGGCACGCGUGAUGUCAAAUAUGUACGUUUUUCACUUGUAUUCGGUUGUUUUUUGAAAUCUGGUUUAGAAAAAAGAAAUUGCAGAAAACAGUGGGAUCCAGUCGUCCCAGACAGAAAGCCCAGACCAAAGUCACGAGCAAUACUCCUGAUGUCUCCUUUAAUGUCAGCCCAUCUCUAACAGGAGUCUGAAUGAAGUUUCCCUCCCCCUCUGCUCCUCCAGUCUUCUUCUUUGAAUCUGUUCUUUCUCUAAAAGCUGUCUGAGGAUUUUUAUUUGUAUAUUUCCCUUAAAGACUGCCUGCUAACUAAAGUUUUGUUCUUCUUUUGACUGCACUAAAGAUGUCAACUGAUGAUGUCAUGAUAAAAAAAAAACAACACAUCCCCGUUUGGAUUGGAUUGAACUAUCACAGCAAGAACUGAAAACUGCUUCCGCUUAACCCUUUGUGAAUCCUCGAUGGUCAGUGCACCCCACCCCGCCCCACCCCCCGUCCUGCUGCAGCUGCGCCCACGGUGGGGUGAUAUUUUGGGGGGUUUUGUUUGGUGACCCACCCAGAGUGGUCGCUGUUGGUUCACUCUGGGUUUCAGAGCCACCGAUCUCUGUUCUCCUCUCUCUCUCUCUCUCUCUCUCUCUCUCUCUCCAGCUGUCCAAUGUGUGAAAUCCUCCACCAACAAAAACCACAACCUUGCAUGUACUACCAACACUGAAGCUGCACCUAGCAUGAUGACAAACUUUUAAAGGACUCGUGUAGAAAAAAAAAGUUAACAGCUAAAGAUAGAUAUAUAAAAUGAACAAAAAAGAAUAAAAGAGUUCUUAGUUUA